AUGACAGGAAUUAUUGCUCCCCAUACGACCACUGGAAACGUAGCAGAAGAUAGUACUACUGAAAUGGUGGCAACGGCUACUACAGUCGAGGAUGCGGACACUCACGCUGAAUUUUCCUCUCUUACUCUCGAACAAACGGACAUUGUCCCUGUAUCGACAGAGGCGAAGGACAAGACUGGAGUUAUUGCUCCACGUACGAGUGCUGAAACUGGAGCGAAAGAGACUACAAGUGGACUGGAGGCGAUGGCUACUGCGGUCGAGAACGAGGAAGUUCCCUCACUUGCUCCAGGACAAACCACCAUUGUCCCCGUAUGGACGGAUGCUGAGGGCGUGACUGGAGUUAGUGCUCUUCGUACGACUGCUAAAACGGACACGGAAGAGGGUACAAAUGGCAUGGAGGCAACGGCUACUGCAGUCGAGGACGAGGACACUAACGAAGUGUGGCGUAGGAUUCCCAUUUGUAGUCGGCCAAGGGAAGCAAAGAUGUCCAAGUUAAACCUCCGCUCUGAAUUCUUCACGCAACGUGCCAUACAACAGUGGAACAACCUUCCGCAGCCAUUCGUGGAGGCCACUUCCCUUCAGAUGUACAAACAUAGCUUGGAUAAUUACAUGCGUCCCCUCUCUUCCCUCCAAGUCUGA